GGCUUGCCGUAGUUUGACGUAGAUUUUGAGAGACAGACAACUAUGGGACAAAGCCAAAGUGGCGGUCAUGGUCCAGGAGGCGGAAAGAAGGAUGACAAGGACAAGAAAAAGAAAUAUGAGCCCCCCAUACCCACCAGAGUAGGCAAGAAGAAGAAGAAGAGCAAGGGACCUGAUGCUGCCAGCAAACUGCCUCUGGUCACUCCACACACACAGUGCAGGUUGAAGCUGCUAAAGCAGGAGCGCAUCAAAGACUACCUGCUGAUGGAGGAGGAGUUCAUCAGGAACCAGGAGCAGAUGAAGCCCCUGGAGGAGAAGCAGGAGGAGGAGAGGUCAAAGGUGGACGACCUGAGGGGGACGCCCAUGUCCGUGGGCACGCUUGAGGAGAUCAUCGAUGACAACCACGCCAUCGUGUCCACCUCCGUGGGCUCGGAGCACUACGUCAGCAUCCUGUCCUUCGUGGACAAGGACCUCCUGGAGCCCGGCUGCUCCGUCCUCCUUAAUCACAAGGUUCAUGCGGUCAUCGGGGUGCUGAUGGACGACACUGACCCGCUGGUGACCGUCAUGAAGGUGGAGAAGGCUCCUCAGGAGACAUACGCCGACAUCGGAGGACUGGACAGCCAGAUUCAGGAGAUCAAAGAAUCAGUGGAGCUGCCUCUUACCCACCCAGAGUAUUACGAGGAGAUGGGCAUCAAGCCCCCCAAGGGUGUUAUUCUCUAUGGUGCGCCAGGCACAGGCAAGACGUUGCUGGCCAAGGCUGUGGCCAACCAGACGUCGGCCACGUUCCUGCGCGUGGUGGGCUCAGAGCUGAUCCAGAAGUACCUCGGCGACGGGCCCAAGCUGGUGCGCGAGCUCUUCAGGGUUGCCGAGGAACACGCGCCUUCCAUCGUCUUCAUCGACGAGAUCGACGCUAUCGGCACCAAGAGGUACGACUCCAACUCGGGCGGCGAGCGGGAGAUCCAGAGGACCAUGCUGGAGCUCCUCAACCAGCUGGACGGCUUCGACUCCAGAGGGGACGUCAAGGUCAUCAUGGCCACCAACAGGAUCGAGACGUUGGACCCUGCUCUCAUCAGGCCAGGGCGUAUUGAUCGCAAGAUCGAGUUCCCCCUGCCGGACGAGAAGACCAAGAGGCGCAUCUUCCAGAUCCACACCAGCAGGAUGACAGUGGCCGACGACGUGACCCUGGAUGACCUCAUCCUGGCCAAGGACGACCUGUCAGGGGCAGACAUCAAGGCCAUCUGUACGGAGGCUGGUCUGAUGGCCCUGAGAGAGCGCAGGAUGAAGGUCACCAAUGAGGACUUCAAGAAGUCCAAAGAGAACGUGUUGUACAAGAAGCAGGAGGGCACGCCAGAGGGCCUGUACCUCUAA